UACCUUACCCCGUUACCCUACUCAACUUCCGCCACCCUCGUUUACUAGUUGCUUGCUACCCUUCUCCGUUUACGGAAGACUGUUCAUACCAUAAUUAGCUUCACCAUUUCUCUAUUUCUGCGCUUUAUUCUCUUCUUAUUAAAAUUCAUCUUUGCACUAUACUGGCUCUUCCAACAAUGGAGGCUUUCAGCUUGCUCAAGUUCUGGCGCGGUGGUGGUGGUGGUGGAAGCGCCGCCUUCACCGGAGACGCCACCUCCGCUGCUCGUUCUACCGACACCACCACCACCAUUCUCACUGCUGUCGCUCCUCAUUUCUCCGACUCGGACUCCGACUCUGAAACUGCCUCCGAGGCUGACGGUCCCUUCUUUGACUUGGAGUUCACCGCCGUUCCGGAUGAAGAAGAUGGAGAGAGCAAGAGUGGUGGGAAUGACGGCGGCGGCGGCGGAGGAGGAGGAGGAGGUGAUCAGAUUAACGGCCUUCAGCAUGCAGGGGAAGAUGACGGGAGCGAGGCUGAUGACUCGGAGAAUGAGGAAGGCGAGCUGAAUUUGACUUUCUCUACGUCCUCCGCCUCCAGUGUGGACCGUACAGAUCCGGACGUCUCGCUCUCUCCGUCGGAUGAUCUCUUCUUCAAAGGCCGCCUUGUUCCGGUUGAGUCUUCGUCUCUAUUGCUGAACGAAACGGAAGCGAAUUCGAAAUUCCCGGUGUCUCUGGUGAAAACGGCAACCAAGUUCAGAGUCCUGAUGUUGAAAUUGAAGAAGCCGAAAGCAAAUGCAGAGCAGAAACCUGAAAAAUCAGAGCCCGACGGAGUGAAUCCAGCUAAACCGAAGCCGAGUUCGAGUCCGAAACGAAAGCCUGAGAAUGAGAAAGAUGAGAGUCAAAGUCGACCGGAGAAGAAGUUUUUCACGGUGAGAUUCAAGGUCGAAGAAGUGAAUAUUAAAUCCCUCUUUACCAGGGAUAACAGUUCGAAGAACGCCAACAAUGGCAAGGCAGCGCAGAAGACGAACGCUGAGGAUUCACAUUCAAAUGUUGAUUCGAAUUCGAAUUCGAGCUCAAGUUCACUUGCGGAAGAGAAGAAAUUUUCGAAAGAAAUGAUGCAGAAAUACUUGAAAAUGGUGAAGCCAUUGUACAUCCGUGUCUCGAAGCGGUACGGCGAGAAAUUGAGGUUUUCGGGACAGCUGAGCUUAUCCGGAGCCGGAGCUAAGGCAGCUCUAGUAGCCUCUCCUCCGCCGCAGCCGACGGCGGAGAAAGGAGAAGCAGAAGCGGCAGAGGUAGCUGAGAAAACGGCGGUUUUGAGCAACGUCAAGAGUCUGAAGCAGGGGAACCUACCGGCGGGACUGCGAGUUGUCCGGAAACAUUUAAGUAAAAGCCGAUCUGCGCCGUCACCGGUGGUCCCGUCCGGUGAGUUGUCAUCUCGACGACGCGACGACUCGCUGUUACAACAACAGGAUGGAAUUCAAAGCGCCAUUUUACACUGCAAGAGAUCUUUCAAUUCCACCAGAGACUCAAAUUUGUCCAUUUUAUCACGCACAACGAGCGAUGCAUCGCACGAGAAACCCAUAAACUUGCUCGCCGUCGCCGAUGACUCUUCCUCACCAAAGGGAGCGAAACCCCAAAGCGGUAAAUUAUCGAUUUAGAAUAUUUUACUGUAGCUAAUUACUUUAGUAGGUAAACCUUAGUAAAUAGGUAAAACAUUAUCGCACUCCAGUCUUUAGGGAAGAACUCAAUUCAAGAACCAAGCAGUGUUAAUCCCUCCCUCCGGACAUCUAGGGAAAAUCUCCGGCCAUUAGGCGGUGGCCGGAAAAAAUCGAACUUAGAUUCAGUGAAUGGAUGCUUGUUUAGAAGCUAGCAAAUGGUUCUCUUUACAAAUGCCAAUAAAGUAAAAACUGUGGGCUAGGAGGAUGAAGUUUUGAUCAAGUCAAAUGCUUGUUUAUGAGCUAUAGGAUCAGCCAUCCAUGAGCUUAGGUAGGGGAAAAAGUUGUUGGGAAGCCAUAUAUUUCCAGUUUGAUGCCAUAGGUUCUCAACACUGAAUGAGUAGUCAAUUAUGAGAUAUGCUUUAAUCUGCCCUAUAUAUAUUAGCUGUGAAUGAUUAUGUGUAUCUACUUUGAUUCUCUUUUCCUGUAAAAGCUUCAUCUUUUGUUCUUUCUAUGGGAGAUGAAAUAGUUGUAUCUAAAGUUAUAUAUGUAAUAAGUUUGGGAGUG